CCCCUGACCUCUGCCCUGCCAGCAGUGACCCCUGUCCUCUGCCCUGCCAACACAGUGACCCCUGUCCUCUGCCCUGCCAGCAGUGACCCCUGUCCUCUGCCCUGCCAGCAGGGACCCCUGUCCUCUGCCCUGCCAGCAGUGACCCCUGUCCUCUGCCCUGCCAACAGUGACCCCUGUCCUCUGCCCUGCCAACAGUGACCCCUGUCCUCUGCCCUGCCAACAGUGACCCCUGUCCUCUGCCCUGCCAACAGUGACACCUGUCCUCUGCCC